CCCUGGUUUUGUGUGCCACGUGACGUGAUAUCCUCUUCCUGGUGUCAACGUUUCGGCCGUAAUGGACUUUUAACUUCUUAAUUAGUUUGGAAACUAUGUUCUCAACUGUCUCAGCGUCUUAAAAACUACGAUCUGUACGUAAAAUAUACGGGGAAAAAUGGCAGAAUCGACUUUUGCCAUAUCUAUGGCUGUAUGUACGAUAUUUUGGUUAAUUGUUGGAGGAGUUGUGCCGUGGUUUAUUCCUAAAGGACCAAACCGGGGGGUUAUUGUUACCAUGCUGGUGUUGACUGCUGUCUGUUGCUACCUUUUCUGGCUAAUUGCCAUUCUAGCCCAGCUGAACCCUCUGUUUGGACCCGUGCUGAGCAACGACACUAUCUGGUACCUGCAGUACCACUGGCCCUAGAGUCUGCACAUCCCAGUCUGAAAGCAUGCACCACCAGGCCCAUGUUCAGAACCAGCCUGCUCACAGCCUGCUGUCUCUGUAUGGAAGGAACAUUUCCAUCCAUCUACCUUGUUAAUGCCUUAUCGAACAACCUGGGUCACCUCAGUCAGGGGAGCAUGCCAAAUUCAGGGCAGGGGGAAUAUUACUGUAAAUAGUCACAAUAGAGCUUAUUCAAACUUGAUCAUGGAAUUUGGAAAGAAGUCUAACAUGAAGAACUAUUACCAUGGAUGGAUGUAUUAUACAGAAAAGCCUCCUGGUGCCUCAUAAUGUUCAAAUAAUUUUCUCAUUUACAAACUACUCUGUGCCAUCACACAAUAUGUGCAAAUAUUAGUGCAGCUACAACAAUAAUAAUGUGUAAAAUUACUUGUUGAAAAAUGCAAUGCCUGCUGAAGGAUACAGUAAUAGAGUGGAAUGCGAAUUGUGGUGUACUUCAUAAAACAUGAGUAUUUGACGUAUAUCUUUUAUCAGUGUUUUGAAGAAAUAAAACUUGGAUUUUAUCCAGUUGACUUCUACCCAAUUCAAACUACUUACAAAAGUUUUCUAAUAAAUCAGUUGCAAUCUCACUAAAAACUGAAAUUCAUCCAGAGUAGCUGUAGUAAUUCUGUAAUUUUACAUCCAUUCACCUACAAGCACCCCCAUCUUUCAGUGGCAAAGAUCCUGUUCACCUUGCUUGGUAUAGGAUAUGAUUAAGGAAAUGUAAAAUAAAGUUUGUUAAGAAAAGAAAAGAAAAAA